UGAUCGCUGUUUUCAUUAGGGCUUUUAGGGUGGUCGUCAUUUGGUACCAUCUUUCCAUCUUCUUCAUACUCACUUCAGCUUUAUUUUGAACUCAAAAUGAGCGGAGAUGUCGAACCGAUCAGAAAUCCACAGAUUAAAUACACAAAGCUGUUUAUUAACAAUGAGUUUGUUGACUGCACCAGCGGUAAGGUUUUUCCAACAAUCAAUCCAACAACUGGAGAAAAGAUAUGUGACAUCUCAGAAGGAGAUAAGGAGGAUGUCGAUAAAGCUGUGAAAGCAGCCAAAGAGGCCUUUAAGUUGGGCAGUGCCUGGCGCACAAUGGAUGCUUCCAUGAGAGGCAAAUUACUGUACAAAUUAGCACAGCUUAUUGACAGGGAUAUUGCCUACCUUGCUAGUCUUGAGACCAUUGACAGUGGCAAGCUAUUCUCUGACUCAGUCGGUGAUAUGCAGUCAAGUGCUAAUUGCUUUCGAUACUAUGCUGGCUGGGCGGAUAAGGUCACGGGCAAGACCAUCCCUGCUGAUGGGCCAUACUUUGUGUACACUCGACAUGAGCCUGUGGGUCUAGUGGGUGCAAUCACCCCAUGGAACUUCCCUCUCAACAUGGCAUCUGUGAAAAUCGCUCCAGCCCUGGCUUGUGGUAAUGUGGUCAUCUUGAAACCUGCAGAACAAACUCCUCUAACAGCUCUUUACUUUUGUGCUUUGGUUAAAGAGGCUGGGUUUCCAGCUGGUGUAGUGAAUGUCAUCCCUGGGUAUGGCCCUACGGCUGGCGCUGCCAUCACCACACACCUGGACAUUGACAAAGUCUCUUUCACUGGGUCGACUGAGGUUGGCAGGCUAAUCCAAGAGGCAUCGGCCAAGUCAAACCUAAAGCGACUCACCUUAGAGCUUGGCGGCAAGAGCCCAAACAUUGUUUUUGCUGACAGUGACAUGGAUUAUGCAGUAGAGAUGGCCCACGAAGCUCUGUUCUUCAACCAAGGGCAGUGUUGUAGUGCAGGGAGCCGCACGUUCGUCCAGGAUACGAUCUAUGAUGAGUUUGUAAAGAAGAGUGUGAAGAGGGCCAAGGCUAGAACUGUGGGGGAUCCCUUUGACUCAGUAGAGCAGGGACCUCAGAUCGACCAAGAGCAGUUUGACAAAAUCAUGGACCUCAUUGAGAGCGGGAAAAAAGAAGGUGCUAAGAUGCAAUGCGGGGGAGCCCGCCAUGGGAAUAAGGGGUUUUUCAUCCAGCCGACUGUCUUCUCUGAUGUCACAGAUGACAUGCGCAUUGCAAAAGAGGAGAUCUUCGGUCCUGUGCAGCAGUUGAUCAAGUUCAAGUCGGUGGACGAGGUUAUUGAACGGGCCAACAACACGACGUAUGGACUUGCAGCAGGCGUCUUCACUAAGAACAUAGACACUGCCAUAGCAGUAUCAAGCGGUCUGCGAGCAGGGACUGUUUGGAUCAACUGUUACGAGUGCGGGGCGCCGCAAGCACCCUUCGGGGGCUACAAGAUGUCUGGAUAUGGGCGUGAAUGGGGGGAAUACGGCGUGCUACCCUAUUGUGAAGUGAAAACGGUGACGAUGAAAGUACCACUGAAAAACUAUUAAAGAGACGACCAAAUCUCAAGCCACAGAGGAGAAGUUUUGACAUCAUCUCUUGAUCACGAAAGUAACACUAAAAAGUCAUUUAGUGACGACAAAAUCUCAAGCUACUGAAGAGAAGAAAUUAAAUAGCCUGCUAGAAACACCUAAUCUAGAAUAAAAAUCGUAAUUUAUAUAGACAAUUAUAGAAAAAAUUAUAGAAAAUUAUAGAAAAAAAUUAUAGAAAAAAGGUUCUAA